CAAAGACUUAUUUAGGUUAGUGUAAGGUCAACUAUGAUAUCAUUGCCAAGUUUUUACAGAUAAAAUCACACUAUUAGAAAAAUGAUGAAGGCUGUUGUCUUGUUUAUUACAGUAUUCAUGACUGCUCACGUGCCAGUAGUAGGAGGAACAAAACUAUGCCGACACUGUGAUAGUGUUAGAGGACCAAAAGAGUGUAGGCAUUUUAAAAAUUGUGAUGAGCUCUGUGUAACAAAUGUGCAAGACAUCGGCGGAGAAUACAUUUUUAGUUAUCACUGCGGGCCUCACGAGGAUUGUUCGAAGGAUGCCCACUAUCAUCUUCAUAAUAAUGAGCCAGUUGUAUGUCGAGAAUGUUGUCACCAUACGGGCUGUGACCAGAAUUCAUGCUCUCAAUACUUUGAAACAGCGAAAACAACUCCUACUCCUACUACCACUACAAAAACAAUAACAUCUACACCGGCAACAACAAGAACAACAACAACACCAACGACAACAACAACUAAAGUUACUACUCAAGCCCCCCUUGUUUUUAAAGGCUGUAACAACAUGGAUGUGAUAUCAGGACUAGUCAAGGGGAGCAGCGUAUCUCAUCCUGGUACCCCAGUAUGUCCGAACGGUGUACACCAGCCCAGCGAGGCCCUAAUUCAAGAAUAUUGUGGUGCUCCGGCUUUAACUAACUGGAUUCCCGGAGAAAAGGUCCUGGAGAACUGUCCCCGUAUCCCCAGUUACACGGCGAUAGCUGCCAUAACACCAGUGUUCGGUGGCGCCACCGUCGCCGGUGUUUUUAUAAAAUGUGAAAUAGGCGGAUUUCAGGCGGCUAUCCAAACAUGCGGAUCUCAGCUAAGAGUUUACCAUGUGUCGACAAACUCUACCUCAGAUAUCCCAAGUGCUGAUAAGUUUGUUUUAGUCAAUUAAAGUAAUAAUAUUAAAACAUUUGACAAGAUCAACUGGUUUCUCCUACUGAAAUGAAAUGAAAUUGCAUUUCUUUAUUGAAUACAAAUAUGUAAGAUUUGUCCGAUUUGUAAUGAAUACAAACACUUCAUAGUCAAAUCUUUCAUCUUUAUCUGUAUUUUUUUCCAAAUUAACCAGUGCGUUAACUAUAUCGCUUUAGUUCUUAACAUUUCUGCUCUUCUUCUCCACACUGACUUCUACUUUCAGGUUAUAUUCAGUUCUUCUUCUCAUCUCCUAUAAUCAUCAUCAUUUGCUCUACAAUACUCCUUAUUCUUAUUCGUAAUAUAGUCCUGUCUUAACGCUAAGGUUGUCUAGGAUUAUUUGUAUUUUAACUUCAAAACUGUUCGCGAAAAGGUUUACUGUUAGCAAGUACACAAGAACAAAUAAAACAUCUAGUUUGUAAACAGGUGACUGAAAAAUGUGCACCA